AUGCGUACGUCUUACAAGGAUGACUUGCAAGCUGCUCCUGCCGAACUCGUAUAUGGAACGACCCUUCGCAUACCCUCCGACUUCGUAUGCGAACCGAAGAUAACAUCAUCUGAUACCGACCCCGAUCUACUGAUGAACCUGCGACAAGCGAUGAGACGCAUCAGAACCGACGAGACCGCUUGGCACGGGCAACAACAUGUGUUUGUUCACAGCGAUCUUGCAAAAGCUACGCAUGUUUUUGUGAGAAACGACUCCAUCCGACCAUCGCUCUCGACCCCGUACGACGGGCCGUUUAAAGUCCAUCAGCGUAGCGCCAAGUACUACGCGGUCGACAUUAACGGCAAAAUAAUCAAUGUCUCAAUCGACCGAUUAAAACCGUGCUACCGAGCUGACAUCGAGGAACCACCAUCGACGACCCAAACGCAAACGACAACAUCGACGCCAACAACCACAACGGUACCAUCAACGCUGAUGACGACGCCGAACGAGCCGCAACCAGAUCCGGUAUCGCCGAAAGUCACCAGGUCUGGACGACAUGUACGGUUCCCUCAACGCUUCCGAUAG